AUGACUUCUGGUACCAGCUUCAAGGUCGAAAUUGUCGAUGACCCCGCCCUCCAUUACUCUCUCCCCCUCGAUCAGAUCUCGACGAACCCCAGCAAUGCUCCCGACCAGAAUCUGAAUGACGACGAGACCACAGCCAGCAAGACAGCCUGGAACAAUACGAUGUCCAUCAUCGUGCAGCCCGUUACCCUCUGGUACAACUUCACUGGUGUGUCCCGUGUGGCUUUAUACGGCGCCAUCCUGAGGCCAGAUCCCUCUGGUGGCACGGCAUCUGCAAAUUACAACCUCGAUGGCAAUACGACUCACAAGGAGGUUCCCUUUUCCUCCUUCGUCAUUCCGGACUAUCCUCUCUUCGUCUCCGAGCAGUUGGACCCCGGUCGCACUUACAACCUCUCCGUGGAUGUGACCGCUAAUGCUCAGAGACCCUACCUCGUUGACUACCUUCUUCUUUACAAUGACUUUGCGCCUUCCCCAAUCAAUUCGGCUACUGCAACAAGUACUGCGACUCAAGCUCCCCAGUCGAUUGACUCGAUCCUCAAACCGUACGUCUGGCCUGUGAUAGGGGCUCUAGGGGGCGGCUGUGCUCUUCUUCUCGCUGUAGUGCUCGUCUUGAGCGGAGCACUCUGCAAGCGAAGGAAGAAGGACCGCGUUCCGUCGUGGAGGUAUUCUGAGCCAAACCUUCCGCCCCCGGCCGUGUCUCCGCAGCCAUCUGCACUCAAAAAGAAGAGCAGCAUGCCACUUUCCGAGAAGACUGGCCUCCCAACUUCCAAGCCACCGCCCCCAGACGACUCCCCGGAGAUCGAUACACUCUCUCGCGAUUACUCGUACGACACCAAGGACUUCGCCCCCAGCCGUCCCGGUCCUCCAUCCUCGUUCCCCACACGCGGCUCGAACUACUCCUCCGUCUCUCUCGGGUCCACCGCCGUGUCGUCCUCUCCCAUGCCAACGCUCGCUCGUUCCGGCACCGGUCUCACCUACAUGCCGUCCUUCGCCACCGCUCCGCAGACGCCCGUCCCCCACGCGUUCGCCACGCACCCCCCGCUCCACCACCAACAGAGCAUGGCCUUCGCCCAGCCGAGUCUCCCGUUCGCGGACCCGUACGCCCGCCAGGGCAACCUGGACGUCAUGCCCGAGCUCACGCUCUACAACCCCCACGACGCCGCCUUCGCCGACGCCGUCCUCGCGGGUGCCGCCGCCGCCGCGACGUCCGCCUCCGGCCCGACUGCAGGGACGUCUGCGUCCGCAGCCGCCCGACCUGCCACCCCCGUGCACGUGCCGUCCCAGGUCCGCGCGCUCGAGCAUCCCCCGUCGGACUCCAAGAUGCGCCAGGAGAUGUCGUCGUCGUUGUUGUUUUCGUCCGGCUCCCCCGUGCCCGCCCCGGCCAGCGCUUCCCUAGCUCCGAUCGCGGUCGCAGCCUCGUCGAACGCACCGGCGGUCGCGCAGGUGGUGGGCCCGAACGGCUUCCUGCUCGAGAAGCAGGAGGUGCGGCUCGAACCGCCCACGCAAGGGCGGUACCACGUCGUCAACGAGGAUCUGCUGCGCGAAUCACCCACCGAGACCACAGGUGGAUCGAAUGCUGUGGGAGGCGCUGCGUCCGCGGAGCGCGGCGAUGAGCAUAGGUCCGACGGGGAGAGUCCGCCGGCGUACAGCAAAUGA